AUGUCCUCCGAAUCCUCCACCACGGCGUCCAAGAAGAGAGCCGCCGCCUCCGAGAAGCGCACCUCCGGCGAGGACGACCACCGCCGCAAGCGUCGCAACCGGCCCACGCAGUCAUGCCUCAACUGCCACACCUCCAAGCGCAUGUGCGACCGUCAGCGGCCGUGCGGCCGGUGCACCCAACUCGGUCUGACCGGUCUCUGUGUAUACGAAGUGGAUAACCCCUCGCACAGGGCCAACGCUCAAGACGAAGCCGAGCGUUUGAAGAAGCGGGUCGCAGAAUUGGAGAGCAUCAUUCGAGAGCUGAAGAACAAGCCCCAUCCUCGGUGGGCUCACUCGGGGCAGGGUCCCGCAAGCAGCGAAGCGGGAUCUCCUCCGCACGACAGCGACGUUAAAGCCGGUCCCUCGACCAGCGGAUCAUCUUCACCCUCUUCACCGAAGUCGCCUCGCGCACAGCGAAGGGGAACAUCAUCGCCAUCCACUCAGUACUUGGAACCACGAGCUCUGAGCUCUGCUGUACCUUCCCCACUCCUCACCCCAUCCCCCGGACCUCACUCUCCCGUCGAGGUCUACAUGCCGCCAGGCGGGGACCCCAUGCCUUCACUCCUCACCCCAGAAUACGAUUUCUCCUCACUCUUGGCGUCAUACCAUGCCACCGGUGGCGGGCCUCCCAUGGACGACGGCUUCUUCGGAGAUAUGCUACACCCCCUCCUGUCCUCAACAGCGGAGAGUUGCUCCGUUCACAGCGACGGCGAGCACUGUGGGUGUCUCCACGACCACGCAAGCUAUAACACCGUUCUCGAACUCUCUUUGCGCCUGCGGCGCGCGACCGACAUUCUCUCCGGGUACGCCAAGCACGGCGCACGGUCUGAAUGCAAGAUCCACAAGAGCAUCACCGACCUGGACCGGUUCACAACGUCUGCCCUUGGCAACAUCGUCACACCACCCGAAGUCGGAGGUCCUCAUGCCCAGUCGCGAACAGGCUCCGCAGCGUUCCCUCGCGCGCCGUUCGCGGGCAGUCGACCGGCGGUCGCAAUACCCGCCGCGCAGAUGGCCUCGCAGUCCAUCCAAUCUCCACGCGCCUGGGACUUCAAGCAGGGCCGUGGUGGGUCGUAUCCCAGCCCUCCCUGGGACGACUCCUUCAUGUCGUGGGAGCCACUGAGGCACUAA